GGCGAACAACAGAGGCGUGAUAUGAAAUCUGUAAUCUCAAAAAAGCCAAUUUCGCCUCCCUUAAUCCAAUAGAUUCCUGAUUUAGGUGUCGAAUUGAUAUCUUACUGCACGAGAUGGAUCUCUCCUUUAAUUAUGAGCCAUCAUCAGCUGCAGGAUCCGUUUAUUCUUGUAGACCAGAAUCUGAGUUCUAUAAAAGCAUAUCCAGGAGGACUUCUUCUGUGGCUGAUACCUUUCAGGAACUAGAAAGUGUUGGAGAGGUUGUAACAAGAUUUGAGCUGGAUAUGGCAUGUGUUUGUGAGAAGCUGGCCAAUUUGAACUUACUCUUGAUGCAUGUGGAAGCUAUAGAGAGUGACUUUGAGGCCUUUGUAUCUGAACUGAAUCCAAACCCAAGUGACCUCUAUGUUAAGGCACUAACGUUCGACUUUUUAUCUGGGUUUCUGAAUUCAGAGGUGACAGUAUUAGAGAAUCAAAUAUCUGAUUUUCAGAUGGAGAAAACUUCUAUGCAGGAGUUUCUGUCUUCAAGCAGAUACUUGGGAGAUACUUCCACAGAGAUGGAAGAUAUGUUGCAUGAUUCAGAAAAAUCAUUGCAGCAAUCAAUGGAGCAGCUCUUGGAAAUAAAAGCACGAUCUGCCAUGUUCGAGAAGAAAGCGUUAAACUUUGCUGAAGAAGUAACCCGUACGGAAAAGGAGAAGGACAAGGACAAGGACAAGGACAAAGACAAGGAGAAGGAGGAGGACAAGGAUGAUGCAGUGGUCUCGGGCAACGAUGAUCUUCCAGAACUGAAAGACAAAAUGAACAUGCAUGCCGUGGAACAUCAGAGGCAUAUUUUAAGGAUGCUUGAGAAAUCUUUGGAAAGAGAACUAGAGUUCGAGAAGAGGGCGAAUGAGUCAACUCAGAUUGAAGAAGCUCUGACAAUGAGGUUGCAUUCAUCAGAACAAGAAGUUCUUUUUGCAGAAGAAGAAACUGUAAUGACCCUGGAAAAGCUGUAUGAGGCUGAUCACACAUCUGAGAUUCUAAUGGGAAUCUCCAAAGAAUUGUUGAAGAUGUUACAAUUGGAUCAUAAACAUUCAUCAGGCUUUGGACAUCAAGAAACUGCCAAAGAAGGUGGUGUGAAAAUGGAUAAUAGUGUGAAAUGUUUGAAAGCACGAAUUGCUGAAGCAGAACGCAGAGCUGAGAAUGCUGAGGCUAAAUGUAGGGGUUCAUCAGAGAAGGUGGUUUUGCUCGAGAAAGAGCUGAGGGAUGCUAAAAUUAAGCUACAACUUCGUAAAACCAGGAAAAAUAGUUUAGAGGACAUGGAGUCGAUGGUGGUGAUGAUGGUGGGAGUGGAAGAGGAUUUAUACUCAGAUUACAGCUGGACUGUUAGGAUGGAUGCCAUCACCAAUCCUGAUGCAUCUUCUCCUCCCGUAUCUCUCCAUUCUGGUGGACCAGAAUCAGAGUUAAAUAAAAGUAGCACAUCUUUAAGGAAUUCUUCCAGCGGUGAUACACUUCGAGACUCAGAAAGUACUGAAGGGAUUAUAACAAGAUUUGAAUUAGAUAUAGCAUGUAUUUCUGAGAAACUGAACAACUUGAACUUACUGUUGAUGUAUGUGGAAACUAAGGAAAGUGACUUUGAGGCCUUUGUUUCUGGCAUGGAUCCUGAUUCGACAGUCAAGGCACUAGAAUUCGACUUAUUAUCUGGGAUUUUAAAUUCAGAGGUGAGAGUGCUAGAGACACACAUAUCCGAUUGUCAGACAGAUAAAGCCAAUGUAAUGGAGUUUCUAUCUUCGCGUAAACACUUGGGAGAACCUCUCAUGGGGAUGGAAGAGAUGUUGCAUGAUUCAGAAAAAUCAUUGGAACAAUCGAUGGAGUUGGUCUUAGACAUAAAAGUACAAUCUGCCCAUUUUGAGAAGAACUUGUUAAGAUUUGCUAGAGACGAAACCUGGAAAGAGGACUAUACACAGUCCUCAAACAAUGGCUAUUUUCCAGAACUAAAGGAGAAAAUGAAAAUGCAGACCGUGGAACAUCGGAGACAUAUCUUGAGGAUGCUUGAGAGAUCUUUGAAAAGAGAACUAGAUUCGGAGAAGCAGUUGAGCGAGUCAAUUCAAAUUCAAGAAGAUCUAACGAUGAGGCUGAACUCGUCACAACAAGAAGUUCUUUAUGUUGAAGCGCAUGCUGAAAUGACCUUGGAGAAGUUCUAUGAGGCAGACCACGCAUCCGCGCUCCUAAUGGCAAUCUCUAAGGAAUUAUUAAGUACAAUCAAGAUGUUGCAGUUCAAUCUUAAAGGUUUGGUUCAUCAAGAAGCGAAAUUGAAAAGUGAUUUGCUGGCACUUAAAGAAAGCAUUGCUAAUGAGAAAGCAUCUAUGGAAGGGACCAUGGAAAUGAAAAAUACUAUCAGAGAUUUAAGAGAACAAGCUAUUCAGGCUGAAAGAAGAGUUUUGAAUGCUGAAACCAAGUGUCAGGUGCUGACAGAUAGCUGCCAGGAACUCAAGGACACCUAUGAGAAAGUGGUUUUACUUGAAAAAGAGCUGAGUGAUACUAACAGCAAGCUACAAAAUGUGGAGGCAUGUUAUGAAGCUGGUGAAGAGGAUAAAACCAUGUUAAAUGCAACAAUCAUAGACAUGUGUGAUGUAAUCCAGGACCUGAAGGAAAAGGUUUCACAAGCUAAAUAUCAGACUGAGAUUAUGGAAGAUAAGUGUAUUUUAUUGUCGGAGAACAAUGAAGGCCUAAAGAAGGAACUUAGUUUUGUUAGGGGGAGGGUUAAUUGCUUAGAGGAAUCUUUGCAUCAAACGGAGGAAACCAAGAAGGCAACUGCUAAAGACAUAAGUCUUCGUACCAAGUUGAUAACGGAUUUGGUUAUGCAGAUGGCACUUGAAAGAGAACGCCUCCAAAAGCAGAUAUCUUCAUUGAAACAUGAGAAUAAAAUCUUGGUAGCGCGCUUGAAGAAAACAGAAGGUCCUGCUGUAAAAGUUAGCCAUGGUGAUAUAGCUAGCAGUACAGACCAUAAGCUUUCUGAGAAUGACUUCAUUACCAUGACUGGUGUAGAAAACAAAGAAUCAUUAUCAACCACUUUCAAGCCAGAGAAGGCAUGCAACGAGACUGUAAUGGGCCCCACUGGUUCUGCAUCGGAGCUUGAGGUUGCCAGAAACAUCGAUGCAAGGGAGCUUAAACUAAAAGGCAUUCUAUUAGUAAUCCUCAUACUAAUCAUGCCACUUUGCGGGUUACUUCUCCAUCAAACUCAGAUUCAAUAAGUCCAAGCAGUUGACGUAGAUGGUUUUCAGCAUCUGGUUCAUCCAAAAUCUCAAGUCUGUAAUACGGGUUAAACACAAAUGCUUGCUAAAAGUUACAGAUUAGUUGGUCUGGGUGGAAAUUUGUUGUAUCUUUUUCAAAAAGCAGCCAAGAUUUGGUUCUAUCCCCUCCAAAGAGCUAAAUGACCAUGCUUAGCUAGGUCAUGUCUUUUCCAUAGCUAAUAUCAACAAAUCCAACUCAAUGUGCAAGUUUAAUUGCAUGAGGUGCAAGCCAUUAUAGCAUAUAUUGGUAAGGAUUUGUUGAUUAUUCUUCUGGAAAAAGGAUUAGCCUUUUUAUUUUCGUUUUUUUCUUCUUUGUAUAGAUGUAGGGAGAUGAGGAUGGAACUUGGUGCUAGAAAGUUGUUUUGAGAAUUUUUAUAAUGCAACCCCAGCCUUGGUUUAAAAAGGAUUAAGUUUG